UAUGAAUACAAAAGAAGAUAUUUUGAUAAAUGAUGGUAAACACACAGCUGAUUGUAACCAUAGUAGGAAAAACAAAUACAAUGGAAUUCAAUGGGUACCAGCAACUGUAUGCAAAAUAUUUUCUUUUGAGUUCAUCAGAAAAAAGAAAUUCAUACAGAUUUACAACAACAUGACUCUGAAAAUGAUGACAGAAUUUUCAUUUUUGGGUGAACUAUCCCUUUAACACGCGCACGAACGCACACGCGCACGCACACAGCAUGUCCACUUACUGCAUAUAUGCAUAUACAAAUGCAGCAUAAGUCAUUACGAAAUACGAAAUUAUAUCCAUACACGUAUACAGAAGAAAUAUAAAGAUUUUAUGAUCGCGUGCUGUCUCUUUAAAAUCCAACCGCAUGACGUCAGAUAUUUUGACAGGACGACGGAGAAACCGGAUCCGCUACUGACAACAACAACAAACACAAAGAUGUCCCGGGGAAGCGCGAGUGCUGCUCGGUGAGAUGCCGGUAACGGCGGCGGAGUGGAGAGGAUGCGGCGGCGGAGGCGCGCGCUGCUGGCGCGUACUGAUGCUCGCUGCCUCCGCGCUCCUGAUGUUGGCGGAGAGACUGGCGCUUCUGUACUGUAUCGGGUUCUACCUGUGGCGGAAUGAGUUGUGUUUGGCCAGCCUGACCUUUGCCCUCUUGUUACCGGGGUCACUAGUGCAGGUGUUGAGUUUCAGGUGGUACAGAGCCGACGGAGACACACGAAUUUGUCAAAAUUUCAUCAUACACACGCUGCACCUGGGCAUCUUCAAAAGGUUAUGGGACUGCACCAUAAGCGAGUGGACGGCACAUUCACAUGCGCAGGAGGUGAUGCAGCAGGCGGAUGCGUCUGCUCUGCGUCUGCUAGAGGUCUUGCUGAUGACCCUGCCGCAGACACUUCUGCAGACGUAUGCGCUUACGGAUACCAGCUACAGUCUCUCGUCUCCAGUGGCUCUGUGUGCCGGUUUGUGUUUGCUCUCGUUGUCCUGGACGUUGGUGCUGUACAGUCGGGCGUGUUGUCUCAUUCGUCCCGGGCAUUUGCAGAUGCCACCAGCCGCACUCCUAUGCCAGCUGCUGUGGAGGGUGGGCAUGUUAGCUGCCCGUUUCACCAGCCUCGCCCUGUUCACCCGAACCUUCGGCUGCUGGGUCGUCGGUGUCAUGGCAUCUCAUUGGCUGAUCGCUGCGCUCUGGUUGGUCUCCCAGCAGACUGACAUCUAUGUGGGACAGUGGUCAUGGCGUGUGUUUAACAUUAUAAUGGGAAGCAUACAUGUGUUUUUGUUUCUUAAUGUGAAGAAUGGCCCUUCACGGUUCCGCAUGGCAGGAUUUUACAUGGCAAUGCUGCUUGAGAACGCUGUGCUGUUAUUGGCUGCUUCUGACAUCCUUACUGAUGCAUCAUGGGAUAGCCUGACCGUACCCACUGCUGUUCUGUGCAGCUUUCUGCUCGGUCUGACCUCCCUGGUGUUGUACUAUCGUUUCCUGCAUCCCAAAUCCACUGAAAUCUCGCUGGGUUUGCGUCAGCGUGGGCACAUGGGCAGAGAAUGUCUCCAGCAGGGUGAUUCCUCCUCCUCUCUGGGAGACAAAAGUCUCCGCCCCACCCCUCUUCCUGCCCUUUUUCAGUCCUCUCACCCUUCAUGUUCUCUCUCUGGAAUUCCCGGAUCGCUUCUGGAGCAUCCCGGGAGCUGCGGAGUAAAACCGGACGGCGAGUGUCGACACCAUCACUGGCUCCUGAUCCGUCUCGCCCUAAAAACCGGAGACCCUGGCAAGAUCAACGAGGCAUACGGGGCGGGUGGCGUGUCUGAGAUACUGGUGGCGGAUCAUAAGGAGGAGAUCAGCGAUGACGGGUGUGCGUUAACCUCCGACAGCAGGGACGACACGAUGGCGCCUCUGUCCGACUGCAGGGAGGAGUUUGAGAGCGUGAGUGAAGCCAGGGAGGAAGAAGAGGACGAAGAUGACAGUUUAGUAAUGGAGAGCCCGUUGGAGUCGCCAGCCUCCGAGUGCAAGAGAAGCUCGCCGGAGGGUAAAUCCGUGCUCGGGGACAGUCCAGAGCCGAAUUACUGCCCUACCGAAUCCAGCUCCACCUUGUACUUCAGCGCUGACCCGCAGUCCCCCAGCAGCUCCAGUAACCCUCGCCUGGACCGCGAGAUGCACUUUAGUUACGGUUCUGGUACUGGACUAGAAACUCUAGAUGAGCUGAGCCCCAUCUCUACUGAUGGCGGACUUCACAGAGAUCUUGCUAGGGGGCUUCUGGGCCGAGCAGGGCCCUGCUACACAUCCACACCUGGACUGAAUGGACAGGGGCUUCCAGAGAGUUCGGUUACACAUUUAAGGGGACCCCGCAGGCAGGUCGUUCUCUCUCGCAGGGGUUUAGAUGAGGACGGUGGGUUUUAGCAACGAAUGCAAAUGCGCAAUCCGUCUCUUGUGAGAUACUGUGGUCGAGUGAAUUUAAGAAAAGUUAUUGUCACUGUGUGAGGUUUCACUGUCUCAUUGGAUUUUCCUUUGUGCACUUCAGGGAUAUCAUUUUUAAAAAUGAUGCAUGGAAAAUAGCGUCAAUACUUGUUGGCAUUCUGAGCAAGUUUGAUUCAUGCAUUGAUAAUCAUUCAUCUGGAUGAUCUACUACAUGAUGAUGCAUCAUGCACUGUUGUAUUUUACAUACUUUCCCUUCCAGAAUGUGAAUUACCAGUGGAAAAAACAACAGAUUUGUUGUUAAACCAGAAAGAAAACAUAAUGCAAUGCAUCCCAUUUCCAAUCAGAUUUUCUUUUUUUUAAACUAUGUCCAGUUGUGUGGCCCACCACGAGUAACAUUAAAUUAGCAAUGACAGUUUCAUCACAGGGCAUUCACUCAAACAUAGAAAUGCAAGCAGUUUUUAAAAAUGCAAACUUUAAAACCUAGAUCACUACAUAAUGAAAACAUUAAGAUAUGGAAAACAUUUUAACUAAUAUUUAUUUUUUUUGUUAUAGGCUACUUUUAUUUUGUUUUUCUAUGUGUGUGCUUAUGUUCAAAAUGGAAUACUAGCAUACUGUUUACUGCAUGCUUUGCAGUAUACACUACAAGUACCUACUAGUUCUUAAUGUGAUGAUGUAUACAAUAUCUUUUGCAGUCCAAUCAAAUAACAACCAAAUUUGGUUGAAAAUCUUCAUUUUACUCUGAAAAUGGAGGGUGAGGUCGAGUGCAUUGCAUUAUGUGACUUUAGUGCAGGAGUUUUUUAACUAUAUGAUGCCCAAAAUAUGGACCCCCAAAUAUGAUGAACGUUUUGUGAGGGACCCCCUAUACCUAAAAUAUAUAUAAGCAGUUUAUAUAUUUUUAUGUAUAAUAAAUAUCUAUUCGGCUACACUUAUAGAGUAAUUCUGGAUGUAUAAACAUAAAGAGAUACAUUUUUUAUUUAAAUGUAUUUUUACUGCAGCAACUUCUAAAAUAAAUAAAUAAAUCUUGUUUUAUAGCAGAUUUACUAAGAAUCCGGCCUUAUAAACCCCAAUAAGUGAAAUAAAGCAGACUGUAAUAAGAAAAAGCACUAGAAAAAUACAAAGAAAAUAAAAAUGAAAUGCAUGUAGCAAGAAAUGAGAGAUAAACACCUAAUAAAUAUAUUUUACAAUU